GACCCCGGGCCGUCAGUAACCGUGUCUGGUUCGCAGCGAUCGGUUCGUUUGGGGUUUUAGACCGGGAGUCCUGACCGAGUCGACAGCGAGGCAUCGACAUUCCUAACCGGCAGUUGGAGACAGCAGAGACAGAUAGGGAGAAGAUCGUCUCCGACGACGCAGCAGCAUCCGUCAGCUCAUCAGUGAAAGGCGUCCAACGAAAAAAAAGUAGAGAAGACACACCGGUCAGCAAAAAGAUGCCGGACGAGUACGAGUGCGACUGCGGCGUCGAUUUCCGGGCGACGCAGCAACUCCUGGAAGACAUGGGCUGCGACGUGUGCAAGUCGCGCGGCGUCCAGAAGCGGAUGCGCCUGGAGCAGGAGAAGCGCCUGGACGUCCAGCAGCACCAGGACGCCGUCGUGCACCUGCCCGAGAACAUGGAGGAGGAGCAGCAAGAGUACGAAGAGUUCCUCGACGGCCGGAAGGCGCAAGUCAGUGAUGGGCGGGACGCCCAAGCGCGUGGAACAGUUCGCCUACUACAUCAUGCAGGAGAUCGGGCACAAGCUGCCGGCGGGCACCACCCUGCUCGACAUCAGCCAGUACUCCUACCGCUACUCCAUGUACAAAGUGGGACCCGUGCUCUCCAUCAGCCACGGCAUGGGCAUCCCCUCGGUCGGCAUCCUGCUGCACGAGGUGAUCAAGCUCAUGUACCACGCACGCGUCAAGGACCCCAUCUUCUUCCGCAUCGGCACAUGCGGCGGCAUCGGCAUCGAGGGCGGCACCGUCGUCAUCUCGGAGGAGGCCGUCGACGGCAUGCUGCGGCCCGUGCUGGAGCUGCCCGUGCUGGGUAAGCUGCACUCGCGACCCGCGCGCCUGGACAAGAAGCUGACGCGAGAGCUGAAGGCGCUGGCGAGCGCCGAGGACCCCUACGACACCAUGAUCGGCAAGACCAUGUGCACGUACGACUUCUACGAAGGCCAGGGAAGGCUGGACGGCGCGUUCUGCGACUACAGCGACGAGGACAAGAUGGCGUUCCUGAACCGCGUGCACGAGUCGGGCGUCACUAACAUCGAGAUGGAGUCGCUCUCCUUCGCCGCGCUCACGCACCACGCUGGCAUCAAGUCGGCCGUGGUCUGCGUCACGCUCGUCGACCGCCUCAAGGGAGACCAGGUCCUGGCGCCCAAGGAGGUGCUGAACGAGUGGCAGGAACGCCCCCAGAAGCUCGUCUCGCGCUACAUCAAGCGCUACCUGCAGAUGAAGGGGCGCCUCUCUCUGGACGGCCACUGCGGCUCCAUGUGCGUCAAGUCGCCGCGGCGCUUCAAGCUCGUGCAGCAGGAGUCCGAGCACGUCGACUAGGCGGUGUCGACGUCGCCGGGACAUCGGGACGAUAUCGGGAAGGUCGAUCGACGCCACCAGGGAGCGUUAACGCCGGCCGGCGGCACUGCGUCAAUUUCAAAAAGCCGGCAUCUUAAUCAAUUUAUUUUAUUUUUAUUUUUUUCUUCAAAGAAAAUUUCGUGUAGUACGCGUCAUUGGGCUGGCAAAGGAAAGCAAAAUUGUUUUUCUUUUUUUCCUGAGACUUAGGUCAAUACCCGGCGUAGACUGGGGUUCCAGGGCGCCUCCUUGAAAAUUAUAGAUCGCCACAGGUAGCGGAUAAGCCGCGCUGCCCUGCCGUCGGCCCGGCCGCUCCGUAUUUUAAAGUUAUCUUUCUCAUUAUAGUGGCUUCUCCCAUCAUCGGUAAUCUCCGGGUUUCUGUGACUUUUAACGCUACUUAUGUGAUUGUUUUGGCUUAAUCCUAUUCAUGUUCUCUGUAUAUUGUAUCUGUUCGCCUGAUCGAUUGUGAGAGUAAAUGAAAAUGUGCACUUGAGUGUAUCAGCAGUGUGAAAGUACAGGAUGUAUGUGUGUUCAAAUGUACGUGAUUUCAUUGUUAUCGAUUUAUGUAUUAUACUACUGAAAAUAUUUAUUAUUAGUUUUGCUGUAGAAGUAUUGAGUGCGAUUGCAUCAAUGAACAUGUAUUGAAAGACAUGGACAGUAGUUUUAAUUGUAACUACAAGGAUUCGGGUCUUGUCAUUUUAAGAAUCAUUUCUGGCAUUGAUGCCUGAUUUUUAAAUUAGCAAGGCACAUCUGGUGAGUUAAACAUUCCAUAUAAAAAGGUUGUACUACAGCUGAAAAAUUUAAUCUCAGCUCCAUUACCAUUUGUUUGGACAUAUUCAGAUUUAUCUUUAAAUAAAUUGUUGAAAUAUUGUUACCAUGAUAAGUACUUAACUAUGAAUAAUUAAUCUCUUCAUUCCAGUUCUCAUUACCAUAUUGUUUACGAAGAUAGCAGUAUCAUAAUAAAGAAGGAGCUGCUUUUAGCGCUAUCGCUAAACUCUACAUAUGUAUGAUUUUUAAAAUUUAUUGAGGGGUCAAUUUGAAAACAGAAUGCAGCCCAGAAUUAUUCUUUUUUAGUGUGAAGCUUCUUUUUGAGUAUAAGUUAGGCGCUACGACAAUAUUAGAAUAAUUAUUUGUGAAGUUGUAUUACAGUUGUGGCCCUGUGCCAAAAUAAAAGCACUCAUUAAUUGUUUGUACCGAGUGCCAGCAAUUCA